CCACGGUUAAACACGCGUAUCGUUUUUCAACCGUCUCGCGUUAUUUCCAUUGCGUGAUAUUUUCAUUUAUUAUUUCAAUAAACAUAAACGAUUUUGUGAAGAAAAACUUAAAUAAUAAAUGGAUUAAACGAACAUUUUUUUAAGUCGUUCGUGUUUACUCGUUCGGUUUGUGAAACAAAAGUUCAAAUCUCUGGAUUAUAAUUAUUGUUAAAGUAAAGACAUUUUUAUAUUUCAUAAUAUUAUACUGUUCAAUAAAUAUUAAGUUUUAAAAUUAAUGUAUGCUUAUACAUUAACGAUAGUUAAUGUAUCACUAUACUAUUUUGUAAUAUUUAUUCAGAUGGUAUUGAUGAUUAUUGGUAUCUAUUAAGAAAAAAACCAAAGGUUCCAAAAUCUGGAUGAAGUUCUAGUAACGACAAAUUAAUGGAGGCAAUGGUUUUCUGGUGUUAUUGGAAUAAUUUCGGAAUUCAGUAUCUAAUAUUUGCAAUAACAUCAAUCAAAAUGGUAUUGGAUGCAAAACCGAUAAUUCCAGCUGAAAUAAGCAAGGAAGAAAUAAGUCCAUACUGGUCUUUCAAUGAAACUGCUGAUAUAUCCAAAUACGAAGAUUUCGAUCAUAAAAAGUUCUUAGAGCACGAACUGCAUCUAGACGUAUCUGACCCGGCGAACGCCGACGAGUUACAGCCACCGGUCAAGCUGCGUACCACCACGUUGGCGCCAUCCACGCCGACUCCCGAGCCGAUCAUUCACGUGGGCACGACAAACGUUACAGUUCAGCUGGGCAGCACGGCGUUGCUUCACUGCGAGAUAGCCAACAUAUCCGAGAAAAUGGUGUCUUGGGUACGGCGGAGAGAUUGGCAUAUCCUGAGUUCAGGUGUGUUGACGUACAUAAAUGACGGACGUUUCCGAGUAUUUCAUUCGGAAAAAAGUGAUGACUGGGAUUUAAGGAUAUCGCCAGUAGCUAAGAUCGACAAUGGUACUUACGAAUGCCAGGUUGGUACAGGCACUGGCAUUAUGACACAUUAUUUUAACUUGUUCGUGAUUGUGCCUACGGCUGUAAUAUCAGGCAGCGAUGAAUAUCAUACACCCGAAGGAAAUUCAAUAGUAUUAUGUUGUAAAAUCGAAAAUAGUCCAGUACCGCCACAAUACGUGUUAUGGUAUCAUAACGGUAAAGUUAUAUCAUCCGGUCAUUUUAACAAAAAUGGACUGAAACCUGAUCGCUUGUCUAUCAGCACGGAACAGAUAGAUCGUAAAAUUUACAGUCGCUUGACAAUCACAAAAGCAAUCCAGAUUGAUACAGGAAAUUAUACGUGUCAGCCUCCAAACACUGACCCCGACUCCACUUACAUUCACAUCACGCCAGAAAUUGACAACACAGCCGCAAUUCAACGACACAAAAGCUCAAAUUCAGCUCUGUUAGUGACAGAAUUGUCAAUUUUCCCAUUGACAUCGUUCCUUCUUAUUGGUCACAAUGGAUUUCGAUGGGUUUUUUUAUAAGCACAACUAUAUUUGGUUCUUACUAAAUUGAGUAAUUCAAAUAUUUUUGGUGUAACCUUUACCAUGAUGAACUUUGUUUUUAUGUUAAUAAAAUAUUAACGUAUGUUUAUUGGACUUAAUAAAACUAUAAAGAAGUUCUUUGUAAAAUAAAAUAAUUUUCCAUAAUCUUAUUGUAUACAAAUCAUGUAUAAAAAAAAUAUAUCCUUUUUAAGGUUUUAAAAUGAUGGGACAAAUUUAUAGUAUCCCAGCGCGCUUUACAUUUUCAGUCUAAAGUUUUAUUGGAAUUUUUUUCAUUUUAUGUUAGCUGAAAACUUAAAAACUUGUAAUAUACAAUCCUCCCAUUUUGAA